CCUCUGAUUCUAUUUCAUCUUUCGGAAGCUGUGCUAAAGCAUCUCGGUGUGGAACUAGCCGGCGGCAGCUGCUGGGCAGGUACCAGGCUUGGCUGUAUUCUGUGCUCCUUUGAUUUUGUUUCUCUCUCUAUUUGAUCAUUCCUUUUCCAGAGGAUGGGCUCUGACUUCCCUGCAACCUGUGCUCUUUAGAAGUCCUUCUGCCUAAGGAAUUAUGCUCAUUUAAACAAACAAAGAAAAAAAAAGAUUAGAGGGGGGAAACAUCCCACAAGCGAGAGGCAAGGAUGGAGAAAGAAACCAAGGCAUCCACCCAGUACGGAUCCCUGGAGUCAACCAAGUGGAGAGCAGCAGAUGCAGGCAAAGAGGAUGAGAUAGUGUCCAUGGCUGACUCCACAACGACCAUUGAUGACAUCGAAGGGGAGCUCUUCAAAAUUGAGAGGAUCCGGGAAGUUCUGGUGCGGAGGGAGUCGGAACUCAGAUACAUGAUGGAUGACAUCCAGCUUUGUAAGGAAAUCACCAGAUUGAAAAAGGAGUUGCAGAAGCUGAUUGCAGUGCCAGAAAAUAAAAAAUCUAAAGAAGACAAGCAGCAGGAGGAGGAGCUAGUGCAGCAGAUUCACAAACUUGUGGAGACUCGAGAUUUCCUGGUGGAUGAUGUGGAGUUUGAAAGGCUCAGAGAACGAGAAGAAGACAAAGAAAUGGCAGAGUUUUUGAAGACCAGGAUUUCCAAAACCUGCCUUCCGAAAACAACUCCAGUAAAAGGAAAGAAGGUGACCUCAAGAGGACAGCAAACCUCUACACCAUAUGUAACAAAGACAGGCCUCACCCUCCUGAAGGAAUGCUGUGGCUUCACCUGCUCGGUCAUGUAGGCUGGGGCUAUUGUCCAUAUAGCCCACCCCACCCACCCCGAAACGCAAAAUACAUUCAUGGGCAAACGCUGCCUGCCCACACCCCGCUCAACUGGAUCCAUUCAACUCAUAGCAGAGUCACAAGCUUGAGGAGCAGGGACAAGGGAUUCUUUUGCAGAUGACAUGGACGUUGAAAGCACAUGUGGAAACUGCUGGGGGCCCAAAGGCAGGGCCGGCAUCCACCCACCUGCUGACCAAAACCAACCCACACAAUCAGGGUGGGCAUCACAAGCAGAGAGCCAGCAUGUGCGCUGCCAAAUGGGAGGGCCAAACCACAGACAAAGAUUUCAGCCU